CUAUUAUUGACGAAAUUUGUUGUAAUUUGACGAAUUUUGUUUGAUUUUUGUGUAAAACAACAACAAAUAUAACAUUACAUGCACUGAACAGAAUUGUCAUUAUUCAUGUAACCACAAAAUAAUAUAUUUUAAUAAAAAUGGCUACGAAAAAGGGCAAAGGACCGCUGUUUGAGGGCGGUUUAUGUCGAUGUUGCGGAAAUAUGAAAAAAUGUCGUGUUUUGAACAUAGAAUACGAGAGUUUAGGCCAAAAAGAGAUUUAUUCGGAUAUGAUAAUGGAUUGCUUCGGUUUACUGCUAUCACACUUAGAUGGUGUCCCAUCAGAACGUCUGAUCUGUGCGACCUGUGUCACCCGAAUACGUGAUGCAUUGAGUUUCCGGAGACAAGUAUUGAGGUGUGAAGAAGCAUUCCUACAGAUGAAGAUUUAUGAUGCUCAGAGUGAUGAUCCAGAAUCGAAGAUAGAAAGCCAGUGGCAUUCGAAGGCCAGUAUUGAGGUGGUAGUGAAGGCUGAACCGGUACCGAUGGAAGCGCAGAGCGAUGACGAAAAUUGUGAAGAUACCCUCGCUGAUACCCCAGAUCCUGAUUUAAAACAAGACAAAGUAAGUGACGAAGAUGACGAACCAUUAAUAAAACGUCACGCCACGCAACCCAUUGAGGAGACAGACAGAACACUAGAAAUUAAUACACCUGUUAUACAACCCCUCAAAUCUGAGACGCAGAUGCCAAAAACGCCAGUGGCGCCAUCUCUUCCCGUAGUACAGACACAGAAACUUCCCAUGGCGAAAGUACAGCAGAUAAUGCGAGAAAGGGAUUCCUCAUAUAUGACGGAAACUAACGUCUUAACAAUAGUAGAAUAUUCCUUUGUCUGUCCGUUCAAAUGCAGACAUAAUCACCUCCUAUGCUACUAUUGUGGCGAAUUAUAUUCCGAUCCAGACCUUUUAAGGCAGCACACACAGAAUAUACACCAUCCGAAAAAAUUUAAGGUCACGGAACAUAAGAAAAUGGUCAAAAUCGACCUCACUAGAAUCGAUUGUAGAUUGUGUACGACGAAAAUCGACGAUUUAGAAACAUUCAAAAAACAUAUAUCCGAGGUCCACAAAAAGAAGUAUUAUUUCAAAUAUAAAGAUUCAGUGUUGCCAUUUAAAUUGUCGCGGGACGAAAUGAAGUGCGCGAUAUGUAAUGUUUUGUUCCCGUAUUUUCAUGCUCUAAAUAAACACAUGAAUGAACAUUUCAGUAAUUAUGUUUGCGAGACAUGUGGCUUAGGUUUCGUCGACAAAAGCCGUUUUGUGAUGCACCAACAAAGGCACGAGGAAGGCGACUUCCCCUGUCCGGACUGCGGCAAAGUGUUCAAAGCGCUAUACAACAGAGAUUUACAUAUAGACAGGGUCCACCGCAAGAAGGGACGUGUUUACUGCCCGAAGUGUGACGUCAAACUGAUGUCUUACCCGCAGAAGUUGAAGCAUUUGGUCGAGGUACACGGAGAAGAGCCGCUUAGUUUUCCUUGUUCGAUGUGUGAAAGGAUAUUCGAUACGCGACGGACGCUCACCAUUCAUCGACGGAAAGACCAUCUUAAAGAUUACAGGUACGAAUGCCAAUGUUGUGGCCAAAAAUUCUUCACGCGAUUCGCAUUGAACAAUCACAUGCCGACACACACCGGCGAGAGAAACUUCAAGUGUAAGGUUUGUGAAAAGUGUUAUCCUCGACUCAAAACUCUGAAAGAUCACAUGAGAAUACAUACUAAUGAUAGGAGGUACCGAUGCCACGUUUGCGGACAGGCUUUCAUACAGAACUGCAGUUUGAAAGGUCAUAUGAAGAGCCAGCAUCCUGAAUAUGAAAUGAGAAUGUAGAUGUAAGGGGAUAAAUAUGAAGAUCUUUUGGUAUAUCCAGAAAUCUGUGUUGGUUUAAGUGUGGGAGAGCCAUGCAUGGGUCGGCUCGACCGGAGUGAUACCACGGCCUCACAGAAAGCCGGCGU